UUUUUUCCUGACAAAGUAUGCAGGACAUGGCACAUAAAAUUGUACUGGAACUUCCUUUAGUGAAAUUCAAUCGCAGUUGUUCUAAAAUUAAUUUGAAUGAUACUUCGAAAGAAAUGGUCUGUGACAAUGGGGCAGUUCAAUUUUUGCGGGCUGUGCCUGUCAUAGUAAAUUUUCAGAAACUUCUUGCAACAGAUCAACAAGAAAGUGUUAUCCAAGGAACCCACAAUAAAAAUCUUUUGCACGCUGUGGCUGCAUUGUAUGAUCGAUCAUUGCCAGAUGUUACUGAGGACGUUAUAUAUUCGUCGAUAUUUGAAAAGUGGGCAAGAACAAUUCUACUUGUUCAAGAAUAUGAAGACGCUUUGAAAGAUUUCAAAGUUAGAGAAUUGUCAAAAAUGCACAGCAAUACACGCACACCGCAUAAAGAUGGUAGUAUUGUCGUUGAUACAAUGACUGAUAAACUGGUGAAUGCUGAGCUGAAAAAUGCCAAUGGUGCUUCAGAAAGUGUUGUUUCAUCUGAUCCCAAGGAAUGCGAGAGCCGCUUCAGUAAUGUGUUCAGUGACAUGGAAUCUGAAUCUGAAAAUGAAGGAGAGGACGAUGAUGAUGUGAAUUACUUGGAUGCAAUUGAUGAGUUUUUCAAGGGAGUGCAACAUAGAAAGGAAGCACGCAAGAGAUGGAUUAAAGAACACAAUUGUUCUGGAGAGCCGACUCAUUUGCUGGGCAUUGAACACAGGCUUCUGGGCUGCGCUACUUUUGAACAUUCGUAUGAAAAACCUGGUCAUAAAGUCAUACAACUUACUCUCAUUGCUACAAGAAAAAGAUAUCGAAAGAUGGGAAUAGGUCGAUAUAUGACAAAAUCAAUAAGAAAUCCUGCAUUAGCUGGAAGAUAUGACGCAAUCGUUGUCAACUCUGAUCACAGUGCAACGAAUUUUUUUGAAAAAGAAGGUUUCAGUGAUGAUGUUCUUCUUAACAGCAAAUAUGCUGACAUUGGCGACACUUGGUAUAACUGUAAACGAAUGUGUUUCCUUCCUCCUUAUUAUUCUGAUGCGUUUGAUUCGUCAUGUAUUGGAGAUCAGUCAACUUCAGAUGUAUAUUAUAAAGACCUGGAAGAUUUGGAUCUCAAACAAAUGGAACUUGAUCUUGCACUCUAUCAAGAAAAGAGUUUACAGGCUUUUCAAGCUCAGUCAACUGUCAUACAAAGACUUCGUAAGGAGGUUUUGAUUCUUCGUGCGAGAGCAUCUGCCCAGAGUGACACUAUAAAAAUGCUAACGAAGGAAAAUCAUGGUGUGAGAGAUGAAAAAUAUGCUUGCGAAAAGGAACUGUUAAAGUUGAAACUCAGUGUUAUGACCAAAGAAGCAAACAACUUUUUGAAAUUAGACGAGGAUUCAAAUGUUUGUGAAGCAGAAACUACAUAAAGGGAAGUAUUUUCGGUAGAAAUGGAUGCUUUUGAAAAUCUAUUCUCCUGAAAUUUAAUCCGGAAAUAGGCGAGGGGAUGAAGGUUUGCAGACUAUAAAGAACAACAUACUGCAUUGCUAUAUAUUAAUUUUGUGGAUAUCGACCUCAUAAACUGAUUCACAUGAGGCGAUAUUCUUAUUUUAUGGUCAGCCGUUCAACUCUCGAGCUUUUUAUUAAAAACGAUAAGUACCAAAUGACUCGUCGUCAGGGCGAGAAGAGAGAGUUGGGUGAAGGUUAACUCCUCAUGAACAACUUGCCAUGCAGCAGCGGUGAACGGGUUAGCCUACUAAGGAUACUAACAUUCGUUUUGAUUAUUUUUGAAUAGGCUAACCCGUUCACCAUUCAUAUCCUUGUUCUGACAAACAAAUCGCUUUUCUCUUCAACUACUGGAAGAUUUUCUUUGAAAUUUUCAGUGGUUAAAUAUAUAUUGUAUUUUUUGCUAGAAGGCUAUUACUUUUAUCUAUUGCUAAAUUUUCUAUGAGAUCUUAUAUUUCAUCCAAAAUUUCACUGUAUUAUUUUUUAUCCAUGGGAACACGGUUUUUAAUCCCGCGAGUGUGACAGCUGUUCUCUAUUUCGAGUUUGCGAAAUCUUGCUACGCGAAAGUCUGAAGUUUUACAAUAACGGUGAUGCACUGUAGACUAGGUACGGUACGUUACUGUAUAUCAGUGGUUCUCAAACUUCUUUGUAUUGUGAUGCCCUACAAAAAAUUUGCUCAAGUUGCGACUCCCCAUAAAAAACGUCUUGAUACCUUUCAAUAAAAGACCUUUUUUGCAA